AUGUUAACAACUUCAUUAGAAGCUCUUGCAAUGGCUGGAGUGGAUUGGGUUAAAUACCCUAUAGAUUCUGAGGAAAUGGAAGAUGAUACUACAAAUUUGCCUCCGGCACAUUUGUUAGCUGAUGAUCGAGAGGACACUGGUGACGAAGAAGAUGAUGAAAAGUUGGAACGAAUUUGUAGGGUCCAACUGUUGAUUGCCAGAUUGUUGGAUAUGUAUUGUUCACAACAAGCUCAGAAGCGGAAAUGCAAAUCCUAA